AUGAAGUACAACUACCACAUAACUACGCCUUUGUACACCAGGGCGUCUCAGUAUACGCCGAGUUAUCACUCUGCGAGCCACUACACCCCUUCAUAUUACACACCAAGCUUGACCACAUCUUCGUACACCUCUUUGACGAAGUAUUCACCAACACAAUACAGCGCAUCGCAUUAUAUACCGCCCAGCUACUCCUCCAGCUACAAGUCUGCUUCCACCUAUGUCCCUUCCUAUGCAACCAAGACUUUGCGGUAUACAUCGUCGCGGCGUGCCCAAGUUCAAGAGAAGCCCGAAGCACCAGUUAUUGUACCAGAGACGCCGACAAAACGGACAGUGCAUUUUCCAAACGACAUCAUCUUCCAGGAUAUUGUACGGAGAGGAGACAUGGAGCAAAUUGGAAGGUUCAUGAGAGCAAAGAAGGUCCGUGUAGAUACUCUGUUCCACUCAGGAAUGGCAGCACUGCACGAGGCGGUGCUGACAGGAAACCUUGAUGUGGUGAAACUGCUGGUGAAGUAUGGAGCUGAUGUGCACCAAAGAGACGAAGAUGGUUGGACACCUCUGCAUAUGGCAUGCAGUGACGGUUAUCCGGCUAUUGCCAGGUAUCUGUUGGCAAUGGGGGCCAGCACAGAGGCAGAGAAUGAAAGCGGGGAGAAGCCGGCUGAUCUUAUUGACCCGGAGUGCAAAGAGCUGGCACAACUGUUUGAAACAGGUAAGAAAGGCUUCAGUAACAGGCGGGCAAGGAGGGAAAACCUGCGGAUCGAGGACUUCAACUGUUCACUUCUUAUUCACCACAUCCAUCCGCCAUAA